CUAGGUUUUGUUUCUUCUCUGCCAAAAAAAAAAGAGACACAGAUCCGAGCAUUAAUUAUCAUGUCAGUCGCCAAAGAUCCCUUUGAUGCGCUCCCAGGGGGGCUGCGAUUGUUCUUACGCAAUCUUCAUUCCCUGGUUCCGGUAAAACUAGAGGACAAUAAUUAUCCCUCUUGGUCCUCUACAGUUAAGGCUACGUUGAUUGCACAUCGUCUACUCGGUUACAUUGACGGCACAGAGCAUGUACCAUUGCCAACCAUUGUUGAUGAGAAAGCUUCAUCUGCUACCGACAAAGAACCUGUUAUGAAGGUCAACCUUCUCUCUUCUUCAUCGACGUCAGCAGCUACUAGCGCACGUCAAUUUCUCUCUUCUCCAACGACGUUAGCAGCCACCGGCGCGCGUCAGACUCUCUUUUCUCCAACGACGUCAGCAGCCACCGGCGCGCGUCACACUUCUCUCUUCUCCAACGACGUGAGCAGCCACCGGCGCAUGUCAGACCUCUCUCUUCUCAAAGUUUCCAGUUUCCAGCUAGUGUCCAAGCUUCCUCUUGCUUCAGCCAGAGUUCAGCUUGAGGGAGGAUGCGUGACCUCUUUGAGCCUUGCACGUGAAACCUUAAUUUUUUUAAUCUGGGUGGCGGUGAGUUUCGAACUCGUGACCUCUUGGUCAUUAAGGCUCCGAUACCAUGUCAAGGAACCAACUCAACCACAAGCUCAAGCUUGUGGUUGUGGCUCAGGAAUGAUUGUUAUAUACUCUCUAACCUACUUCAUUUACUGGCACCUUGACUCUGGCGCUAGUACUCAUGUGACAUCUGAUUUAUCAAGGUUGAAUAAUCCAACUCCAUAUCAUGGUCCCAAUUCAGUUACUACGGCUGGAGGUCAGUCUUUACCAAUCUCUCAUGUUGGCUCAGGUCAGGUCUAUACACCUACAGGAAUUUAUGAUCCUGGACAACCACACCAAUACAGUGACAUACAGAGGCCCAUGUGAGCGUGGAAUAUACACCCUUCCAGCCAAACUUGUCUCGAGUAUUGCUCCACUGGUGGCUAAUUCCAUAAAGACAACCUCUCACC